AUGUCUUCCACCGCACUCCCCAAGCGCGUUGCGCUGCAUCGUAAUCCAACCACGGAUUCCUCCGUGCCGAGCUCAGUCUCCGUCUCUCCCCUGGGGAGCCCUCGCCAGUCCCCCUCCUCCACCUCCCUAUCCUCGAUGGCCUCUGAGGUGGAGAACGCCAGCAAGAUGCUGGACACAUAUGGCAACGAAUUCAAGAUCCCCGACUUCACCAUCAAGCAGAUUCGCGACGCCAUUCCAGCCCACUGCUUUGAGCGCUCCGCUGCCACCAGUCUAUACUAUGUGUUCCGGGACGUGGCUAUGUUGGCGUCCAUCUUCUAUGUCUUCCACAACUAUGUGACCCCCGAGACUGUCCCAUCCACACCGGCCCGGGUGGUUCUAUGGACCCUGUACACGGUCGUCCAGGGAAUGAUCGGUACUGGCGUCUGGGUGUUGGCUCAUGAGUGUGGCCAUCAGGCAUUUUCUCCGUCUAAGGUUCUCAACGAUACCGUCGGCUGGAUCUGCCACUCGGCCCUCCUGGUGCCAUAUUUCUCCUGGAAGAUCUCCCAUGGAAAGCAUCACAAGGCCACCGGUAACCUUGCCCGGGACAUGGUGUUUGUCCCCAAGACUAGGGAUGAAUAUGCCUCUCGCGUGGGCAAGACUAUCCAUGAAUUGAAUGAAUUGAUCGAGGAGACCCCCGUUGCAACAGCCUCCCACCUCAUCCUCCAGCAGCUGUUCGGAUGGCCCAUGUACCUCUUGACCAAUGUCACCGGCCACAACAACCACGAGCGCCAGCCCGAGGGCCGCGGCAAGGGCAAGAGGAAUGGGUACUUUGGUGGCGUCAACCAUUUCAACCCAUCCAGCCCUCUGUACGAAGCCAAGGAUGCUAAGCUAAUUGCUCUGAGCGACUUGGGUCUCGCCAUCACCGGCAGCGUCCUUUACUAUGUUGGAUCGACCUAUGGCUGGCUCAACCUUCUUGUGUGGUACGGAAUCCCCUAUCUCUGGGUGAACCACUGGCUCGUUGCUAUCACCUACCUCCAGCACACCGACCCCAGCCUCCCUCACUACAAGCCCGAGGUGUGGAGUUUCACCCGUGGUGCUGCUGCUACCAUUGACCGUGAUUUCGGUUUCGUGGGCCGUCACAUCUUCCACGGAAUCAUCGAGACCCACGUUCUCCACCACUAUGUUAGCAACAUCCCCUUCUACAAUGCCGACGAGGCCAGCGAGGCCAUCCAGAAAGUCAUGGGUAAGCACUAUCGGACGGAGGCCCAGACCGGCUGGAUCGGAUUUUUCAAGGCGCUGUGGACCAGCGCCCGUGUGUGCCAGUGGGUGGAGCCCACGGAGGGCUCUAAGGGCGAAGCCGAGGGAGUGCUGUUCUACCGAAACACGAAUGGGGUUGGAGUCCCUCCCGCGAAGUUGGCCAAAUAG